AUGCAUGGUAAGUAUCGAGGAAAGUUAUUAAUUGCUACAUCUAUUGAUUUGAAUGGUCAUCGUCUACCAUUAGCAUUUGCCGUUGUGGAAGAGGAGUCUACAGAUUCAUGGGGAUGGUUUUUACGACAUCUAAAACAAGUUGUGACCCACGAUGAGGUACGUUUGGUUUCUGAUCGACAUGCUGACAUUAUAUCAGCGAUGAACAAUCCAGAGAAUGGAUGGAUAGAAUCGAAUUGUCAUCAUAGAUUUUGUUUACAUCAUGUCAUCAGUAAUUUCUACAAGAUGUAUAAAUUCACACCAUUGAAGAAUUACGCUUAUCGUGCUGGGUGUCAAUUCCAAAUUCGAAAGUUUGAUAAAGUCAUUAAGGAUCUAAUGAGAAUAAACAGCAGUUGCAUGAGUUUUUUUGAUGACAUUCCUAUAGAGAAGUGGACUCAAGCACAUGACGGAGGAUUUCGGUAUGGGUGGAUGACGACGAAUCUAUCGGAAUGCAUGAACGGAGUCCUCAAAGGAGCUCGAAUGUUGCCGAUAAAUGCUCUAGCUCAAAUUGCAUUCUUCAAAUGUGUGAGUUACUUUAAAAAAAGGAGAGAGGAAAUAAGAGUUACGUUGGAACGUCGAGAUAAAUACACUGGGUAUGGAUUUUUCAACUUUACAGUUGGUAAUAGAUUUUAUGGUGUCCAUGUUAUUCUAACUGCGUCAAUUUUCAGAUACGCACUUGAAAAAAUAUUAAAAUGGGCUGCAAGAUCCAGUAAGUAUGAAGUACAAUCAUAUGAUCGAUCUGAAGGCAUAUUUCAUGUAAAAACUGGACAUCACGACUUAAAUUCUAAAGGAGAAAAUAUCCAAAGUGCGUCAAUGCGGUACUGUUCGUGUAACAAGUGGUAA